AUGUCUCGAACGCCUCGUACGCGCGGCUCCCGCUCACGGGACCGCGGAUCUGAGGAUUUCUCGCGCUCCAAUGGAUAUACUUAUGAAACUCCGCCUCUCCCUAUAACUCGUCCUCUCCAGCCUCGUCCUCGCGUGCCUUCGAUCACCGGAGGAUACACUAGUGAUAGAGACAGAGAUAGAUUUGGAACAUCUCCAUCCAACAGCCGCAUGCACUACGAUUCCCCCAGCCGAGCCUCUCCAGCGCCGAGUCGUCCAGCACGAUCAGAACGGCGUCCAAUAAACUCCGUUGCAUCUGACUCGUUUAGGCAAACUCAUAGUUCAAGACCUUCGAUUGAUGAUGACGCAGAUCCUUAUGGAGGAGUGGACGCGUUGCCUAUUACACAGCCGCAGUUCCAGGACGACCACGGCGAACCUAAAGCGCUAGGAAGCGUCAUAUCGGCUUUUCAAAUUGCAGGAUACCGACAUGCUGCUGCGCCGGAUAAGGAGAGGGAGCGAUUGAUAGAGCAGACGGAUCGAAUACGGGAGCGCGAACCUGGGAGGGCGAUAAAGGGCCGAAGGGGCACUAUUGGAGAAAUUGAUGCGGUCCUUGAUCAGAUGCAAGACGAAUGGGCGUUUGUUGUGGACCCAGAUUUUAAUCCUGUAUCCCUUGCGUUGGCCUUGCUCGACGAUUCAUCUGUAGGACGCGAUUUGGACUCAUUUCGGAGAACCAAAGGAAUGUUGGAGAGAGCCUUGAAAGGCACAGUUGACAAACAUUAUCAAGCAUUUGCUGCUUCGCUGCCACACCACAGCAAAUUAAUAAACCUACUCACGGAGACUCAAAAGCACAUCGCGGAAACGCGUUCGUGUCUUAUUGAUGCGCGUGCUGCACUAAGUCAUCAGAGGGCGGACUUGGUUCAGUUAUGGUCCAGAGGGCAAACUAUCGAGGAGAUGCUAAGGAUACUAGAUGAAAUAGAUCGCCUGAAGAAUAUACCCGAUCAAUUGGAAUCGCUCAUGUCUGAAAAGAAACUCCUUCAAGCCGCCUUGUUGCUGGUGCGAAGUCAAAAGACAAUCACGAAUGCAGAGCUUAUGGAUAUUGGGGCUUUGACUGAUUUAAGGUCGUACCUUAGCGGGCAAGAAACGGCUCUACGUGACAUCAUGAUUGAAGAACUACACGCUCACCUAUAUUUGAAAAGUUUCUGGUGCGAGUCUCGAUGGGCGGCUUACAAACCUGGUCAAGAAUCAUUACCUGACCUUGGCCCUGGCUCGUCAUCGAACGAUGAGCUACCAAUUAUCUCGCCAUUCGGUGCAAUGCCACAAGCCCUUGCCAAAUAUCUAACCGACUUAAAUAUGCGACCAGUAUCAGAUGCACCAUUCUCAGUUUCAGACGAUCCUCGGCAAUCUGUGGUUGAACCACCGGGAUCCCGUACUCAUUCCCGUAACCCAUCUCUCUCCGCUCGUCCUACGUCUGUGGUCGAUCCAACACCAACGGUCAAAACUCCCGACAAUAUCGAGUCCAACUCAUUCCUUUACAUCGAGAUGUUACUCGAAGCGCUGGCAGUUUUAGGAUCUUUGGGUGGUGCGCUUGACACUGUUAACCAACGUCUCAAUGUAGAAAUCUUCACGCUUGUUGAGAGUGUGAUCUCGGACGUCCACGAAAGAGCAGAAUUUGUUAGAAGAGGACUGGAACAAUCUCAACCGGGUGCCGGGAACACAGGGAGUGGCGGAGGAAUUUAUGUGUUUGUGGGUGAAGGUCCUGGCGCACUGAGACUUGCCGCCCUCGAAGGCGCGGCAAAGAAAGUGGAUCAUGAAAUUCUGAGGGACUUGUGUUGGACUUUGUACUCCAAGUUAGAUGCCGUCGUACAAGGGCUGAGGGUUGUCAGUGAGGUGUCUGAAAGGAUUGCAUCUAGACGGGACUUUAAAGACGCUUCGGGAAUCAAUCCAGGUCAACUUUUCCCAUUGGCGAAUGCCUGGAGCUCCAUCCGCUCCGAGGUACGGAAUUUGUUGCACGAUCAAAUCAGCGACGAAGGUAGUGGCGUGACUGCGGGAAGGAAUCCAAUAUCCUCAAUCAAUGAGAUCCUUCGUACUGGUAAAUUUGGCCGAGAUAAAACCAAAGGAGCUUUCCACUUUGCUGAUACGGACCCCAAACCCGUUAACCGGGCCCUGCGCACACACGAAGAGGGGAUUACUCAGGUUUUACGCGCAACCGUCCCUGGAUUAAUCACCAGUCUCGCUGGUGAAGCGAGUGCUGGUACACAAUUCACAACGGGGCCUGACGCAUCCGAGCACCGUCUUCUUGUUCGUCCCGAUGCAUUCCAUGUGAGCGUGUUGUUCCAACCGACUCUCGCGUUCCUAGAGCGCGCGGCAGCAUGUUUGCCCGAUGGGGUUGCCGAGGGCGUUGGAGGGAUGGGCGGGGGAAGUCUAUUCCUGGACGAUUUCGUCGUUAGGGUAUACUUGCCGCAGCUAGAGGAAAAGGUAUCCGACCUAUUUCACCAAGCAGUCGGUGGUUUGGACGCUUUCCAUGAAGACACGCAUUCAGGGCGUAUUUCGGAACAGCCUUUGGUCAAAGCCAGUAUGCAACUCAUGGCACUCAUCAACUCCCUAUGUAUUAUGCUCCAAGCCACGCCUCUCCACCGAGAAAAUUAUGCUCGGCUCAUCUUAGGUGUAAUAAUUCAAUUCUACCAGCGCUGCUAUGAGCGAUUCCUCGACCUUGUCUCGCGAAGUACAUUCAGCGGAGAAAAUAGCAGCAUCGCGGCCAAGUGGGCCCAACGACCUGAAGUUGCAGCCUGUCUUGGAGAACUUUAUUCGACGCCGCUGCAUGAAAUAAAUCAACGUCGAACCUUGUGCAAACAAGAAACCAGAGUCGAAUUGACAUUCCUUGCAAAUGCGAUCGUAGGGAAGGAUGAUCUCCUCCCACAUGUUCGAGAUUUGACUGCACUUGGGAGCCUGUAUCGCAGUUUGACCUGGUUCAUCACUCAACUCCUGGGAAUGAAAUUGACACUUAAUGAUGCACCCGCUACUCUCAACGACCCUCGUGCGAGCCCCAAACCGCCACCGUCUCCAAGAAGCCCAGCACAAGUCCCCAACUCGCCAUUUUCGCCAAGGAUUCCGCUCGAAGUAAUUCAAUCGUCUUAUAUGCCAUCUGACUCACUCAGGUUGCCUUUAUCGCGUGCUAUGGCUCAGCGGUUCGAUGCAAUCAUGAAAACAUACGAUCAACUAGCUGAACUCACUCUCAGCACCAUCCGUAUCGAUGAAAACUACCGAAUCGAUCAAGAAUGCAAGCAGCCUGAUCCGUUUGUUCAAGAUCUUAAUACAAGUCUCAUUGCAUGUGACGAUGCUAUCAACGGUGUUCUGCCAGAGGUAGAAAGGAGGUUCAUCUUCGAUGGGAUUGGUGGUCUUGUCGAACAUCUGCUCGUAUCCAACUCCCGGUUCAUUCGGUUUGCCAAUGACUUUGGAAUCCAGAAGAUGCUCAGGAACCUUUCUGCCUUGCGUCAAAAUCUAAAGACUAUAACCGGAUUACCUGAGGAUUUUGAACUUUCCCAAGCGCAGGCUUAUUAUAACUUGUUCGAUUUAGGCCCGACGGCUAUGCUUGAACGGAUACGGAACAAUCAAGUGUUUGGGUUUGAAGAGUACAAAUCAAUGCUAAAUCUUCAGUGCGGCGUAGAUCAAGCUUUGGCGGAUAAUGUUCGACUAAGUGGAGCACCACAGCAAACCUCCGAUAGAGAGUAUAACGAUUACUUGAUUGAAUUACAUGCACUUGCCAUCGAUGAUUGGAAUUAG